GCAACCCUGAUCCGUAAGGGACGCAGCGACACCUGUCCCUGGAAGUCCAUCUGCGACCCAGGCCCAGACCCGUUCUGGCCACGUGCCCCACCCUCCCUCACCUCACCGCCCAGAGCAGCGACCCUCGUCUUUCUCCUCUCCACUUCCCCACCAGUCCCCGCCGCUCCACGAGUCCACGACCCCAGCACCCGCACCCUCACCUUCCAGAACCUUCCUUUCCCAAAGUCGCCACCCCUACCCGCCCCCAAGAGCCACCACCCCUACCACCCUCCUCCUCGCGCUCGUGACCACUGACCACCCCUUCGCUGCUCCGGGCACCAACAAAGAUCCCGUCUUGAUGCCAGGUUCUUGACGCCUUUGAUUUCCUCCUGGCGUGUUGCUUUGGUCCCAGGUUUGUCGGCUGCCUUUUACCUGUACUUGCAGCUGCAAGUGCGGGGAGAUAAUAGUGAGGUGUUCUUGGCAGGAUUGCUCCUAAUCUUGUCUCCCCUGCCCAUGCUAGAUGCUACCCCUUUUCUCGUCGCACAGAAGCUGCGUGUGUGUGUAUGUGUGUCCUGUACAAGAGGGCAGCUUCUUGUUACAGUUCUUGGCCCUGUGACCAUUUCUGGCAUCCGAGUAGAGAUUCUAGUGUUGUUUCUUGGUUAGGACCAGUGAAGAUUUUGGUUAUGGACCCAAUGUUGAACCCGGUUAAGGAGGAGAGCCAUGGGGAUGGAGGCUUCUCUGGUGCGGCCGGGGAUGGGCCAGCGGUGGCGGCACCGAGGCCGAUGGAGGGACUGUAUGACGCGGGGCCGCCGCCGUUCCUGACCAAGACCUAUGACAUGGUGGACGACCCGACCACCGACCACAUCGUGUCGUGGAGCGCCACCAACAACAGCUUCGUGGUCUGGGAUCCGCACGCCUUCGCCACCGUGCUGCUGCCCAGGCACUUCAAACACAACAACUUCUCCAGCUUCGUCAGGCAGCUCAACACCUAUGGUUUUAGGAAGGUGGAUCCUGAUCGGUGGGAAUUUGCCAAUGAGGGUUUUUUACGGGGACAGAGGCACCUCCUGAAGAACAUAAGGCGUCGAAAACCUCCUCCUCAUAAUGCCCCAAACCAACAGUCUCUUGGCCCAUACCUUGAGGUGGGGCACUUUGGAUAUGAUGCAGAGAUUGACCGGUUGAAGAGAGACAAGCAACUGUUGAUGGCAGAAGUGGUGAAGCUAAGGCAGGAGCAGCAGAACACAAAGGCAAAUCUCAAAGCCAUGGAGGAUAGGCUACAAGGUACUGAGCAGAAGCAGCAGCAGAUGAUGGCGUUCUUAGCACGUGUCAUGCAAAAUCCUGAAUUCCUAAAGCAGCUGAUGUCCCAGAAUGAGGUGAGAAAGGAGCUCCAAGAAGCCAUUUCGAAGAAACGAAGGCGUCGCAUUGAUCAGGGACCUGAAGUUGAUGACUUGGGUGCUAGUAGCAGCCUGGAGCAAGGUUCACCAAUUCUCUUUGAUCCUCAGGAGUCAGUUGAAUUCCUUGUUGACAGAAUCCCAACUGAUCUUGAGAGUUCAGCUUUGGAUGCUGAAAUUCUGGUUGAGCUACAGGAUGUUGAUCUUGGCACCUCUGAACAGCAGCAAAACGAGCCCCAGGGGGAGUUGAACGAAGACUUCUGGGUGGAACUGCUGAACGAAGGACUUGGUGAGGAGAACAACCCCAUUAUCGAGGAUGAUAUGAAUGUGCUGUCCAAGAAGAUGGGUUAUCUCUACUCAGAUAGCUCAACAUCUCGGAAAUAAUUUUGUUUCAUUGUGCCACAUUGCCGUCACCUUGUCAUGUUCAUUGUAUCAGGAUCUGCAGCUUCUGAGUUCUACUGUGCCCUCAAGAUGGCAAUUGUUCCGCGACUCGGGUUUUUUAUGCCUCCUGAACUCCCUGUCAAUGGGAGGGUUUUCUUCCAUGAAAUCGCCAGCACUUACCACGGUGUCUGGGAAGAACUGCGAGUAUAUCUAAUCUGACUGACUAGUGAUUGCUGCUUGCCCGGCGUUGCUCUUUUGGACAAGUGAGUAAUGCUGUUUAGGAAGGUGUUGGUUGUUUAGGGCUUUAUGCCUGUCAGCAUGUACAGUGAGUAAUGCUGUUGAUCCUUGCAUGUUUCGGUCUGUGCUGUCCUAAUUAUCUUCUGUGUAAUUUACUAAUUUAUGCAGUGGCAUACUUUGCUGUAUUGCAUUCUGAUGUUAAAGUUGUAGACUAGUAGAUGAACUAAAAUUA